AGUCCAUAGGAACGUGUGUAUUUUAAUAUUUGACAGAUGUCGUUUGUCGUCUAUCGUCGUAUUGUGUUCAGCACUUCAUUCUUCUUAGUAUUUUAGUACUCUUGCUUCACAGCCUACAAAAACAAAUACAUGGGAUGGAGUUGCUGUGUAUGAACGCGAUGGGCAAUUCCAAAAGAGGAAUUGCCGAAAAUGAGCAACAAAGUUGCCGUGUCUGAACUACGGCUUACCAAAGUUGCAAGCGAAAAUGAAACAAAACAAAAUAUGCGUCCCCAUUAGAGCGUUCAAUUUGUCUAGUACAGCGUUGUCCACAAGCAAAAAAAGUACCGUACAUUAAAAUUUCAUAAAAAUAAAAACGAUAAAGCAAGCGUGCCACAAAAUAUAUGCGUACCUAUCUAUAAAGAUUGUCGUUAGUUCAGUAGUAAAGCAUAUACAUACAUAGUAGAUACAAAUAAUAAUUGAGACUAACUUUUUACAUGAUUUCUAUGCUUCUAAAAAAUACAAUUAAGCAUAUUUACAUUAUAAAAAAAAAUUUAAUCGCAUUAAUUUCGGGGGGGGAUUGAUCCCGGCCAUCCCCCCCCCCCUAGAUACGGCCUUGAAUAAUACAUUAUUGUUAUAAAUCUCUUUUUAUCUCAUUGCUUGUCAAUAACUCAAUUUACGUUGCUUACAUUUAUACACACAUGUAUACAUAUACAUAUUGUACUCAUAAUUUUCUUUACUUAUGUUAAUGCUCAAAUCUUCUAAAGUGUAAUUAUGUAUAUACAUAUUAACAACUUAACAAAUAUCACUCGCUAAUAAACCGUGAACAAGAGCACACUGCACUUAAAUUUGUUUUACACCCCCGUAUUUUUAAAAUAAUAAAAUAAAGCAAGAAAAACGCUUCUUGCUCCAACAUUUUAGCGCCCAACGUGGGGCAGUGUAAAAUAAGUUUACUUUUUUGUGCAAAGUGUGAAAAACUUUGAAAAAACUAACUGUGGUUCCUGAAAAAUAGUGGCAUCAAUUGCAAUGAAAAAUACUGCACAUCGAACAAAUAGUUUAGUGCAGUAUUCAGAACAUAAAGUACAUAAAGUUAUUGGUGGGUUCCUGGACUGAUUUCCAUUUAUUUUCACAUAACUGGUUUGCGAUCGGAUGAUUUGUCUGCGAUAAACACAAAAUUAUUGGGUGUUCUCAAUUCAAGGACAUGAACACGAAUCAACGCUACGAUGCCGCCAAGAAAUAUGACCUCUGUAUCAAUUGUCUGAGUAAUGGUCACAGAGUAGCUCAGUGCGUCUCGAAGCAUCGCUGCCGCUCCUGUAACAGAACGCAUCAUCUUGCAUCAUGACAACGCGACUCUGCCUACACUUGCAAGUCCAACAUCUCUUCCUUUAUCGUAAUCGUUUCAACCAUCAUCAUCAUAUUCAACCAAGCCUCAUGCAUACAACCAACUAGCAGCCAAAUAUUCGCAUAUGAAGACGUCGGAUCACGGGCAGGUCAUUCAAGCAACAGCUUUAGUUUUAGUUAAAGAUUCCAUGGGUACCUACAAGCUUGGAAGAGCUCUUCUCGACUCAUGUUCUCAAGUGAAUUCCAUGACAGAUGAAUUCGCACAAAGGCUUCACCUUCGUCGAGAAAGGUAUCACAUUGGCAUUCGCAGUAUAGGUGAUUCAGUUACCAAUCUUAAAGCUCGAACCACCACAACUAUUAAGCCACGAACAUCAGCAUUUAAACUUUCGCUCCAGUUUGGUAUCACACCCCAUAUUGCAUACCAACCUGACGCUGAAAUUGACACAUUAAAUUGGAACUUGCCAGCCAACACAACUUUGGCUGACGAAACCUUCUUCAAACCUCGACGCAUCGAUCUGUUACUUGGAACAGAGGCAUUUUUUUCUUGCUGUUGGUCAAAUAAAGCUUGGCCAAAAUUUACCUACAUUGCAAAAAACAUUAUUUGGCUGGGUGGUUUCUGGAAGAUACCAGUCGAAGCACUAUACGCCUUCAAAGUCAUGUCUGCUAUUUCGUGAAGACUCUAUUGACGCAAACAUGCAACGCCUUUGGGAGCUCGAAACUGUCGACUGGAAACCCAACCCUAUUUCACCUGAUCAUCGGAUUUGUGAACGUCAUUUUAUAGCCACAACACAGCAAGAUACUACUGGACGCAUAAUUGUGAGGCUGCCAUUUAAGGACAAUCCCGCUGCACUUGGAGCCUCAUUCGACAUCGCUCGUUGCCGAUUCCUAGCAAACGAACGCCGUCUUUCGCAGUCGCCAGUCACUUAUUUCCAGUACGUGUCAUUCAUGGAAGAAUACGAACGUCUUGGUCACAUGUCUGCAGUAGAAGCGCCGAAAUUAGAUGAACCGCACUAUUACAUACCACAUCACUGCGUACUGAAACCUACAAGCGCAUCAACAAAGUUACGAGUAGUGUUCGACGCCUCUUGCCAAACUACGACACAAACAUCGCUAAAUGAUUUACUUUUAGUUGGACCAACCAUCCAAACAGAGCUGUACAUGUUGGUACUGCGCUUCCGUUUGUAUCGUUACGCUAUCACCGCAGAUGUCACUAAAAUGUACAGGCAAGUAUCUUUAAAUAAAAACGAUCGUAAAUUUCAUUACAUUCUUUGGCGAGCUUUUGCAGACGCAGAUCUUCUCACAUACCAGCUCAACACUGUGACAUAUGGUACCGCCUCAGCUCCAUAUCUCGCAGUGCGAAGCCUUCAUUACUUAGCAGAUAAGCAUAUGGCAGAAUUUCCAAUUGGCGCUGCGGCUGUAAAGACAUCUUUCGAUGUUGAUGAUUUUCUAUGUGGUGCGGACGACACAGAUGCCUUACACAAAUUAAAGGAAGAAGUUAUUGAGAUACUUCGGCGUGGACAGUUUCCUCUUUCCAAAUGGCAUUCCAAUCACUCAGAUUUCAUGGAAAUCCAAACUAUGAAAGAGCUAAGCAUUACCGACGAUUUUACAUCAAGUGCACUUGGGGUGACUUGGAAUAAACGCAACAACACGUUUUUGUUUUCAUUCACACCAAAGCAAGUUCACAAGUCUGUCACAAAACGCACAAUACUGUCUAUCGCGUCAUUGCUGUUCGAUCCACUUGGAGUGCUCUCACCACUCGUGAUAACCUCCAAAAUAAUCAUGCAGGAAUUGUGGCUACUAAAAUUAGAUUGGGACGAGUCGGUUCCCCAACAUAUACACCAAGCCUGGAAUUGUUGUUUAGCAUCUCUUAACUCGCUUUCAUGACUCAGCCUGCCUCGUUAUUGUCUGCUACCAAAUACUCGUGACAUACAGUUACAUGGAUUUGGCGACGCAUCAAUUCGGGUAUACGGAUCGGCGAUUUACAUACGCAUAGAAGACUCCGACGGAAAGGUUGCUGUACAUUUACUCACUUCGAAAUCAAGGGUCGCACCAGUAAAAAAACAGUCUCUCCCAAAACUCGAACUUUGCGGUGCCCACCUUCUCGCUUGCCAGUAUGCUAAGAUAAAGAACAUAUUCUCUACUGUUCGCAUAACUACUUUCUUUUGGACUGACUCGCAACUAGUUCUACAUUGGGUAAAACAACACUCCGUUACGCUUUUAACAUUCGUGGGCAACAGGGUAUCUGACAUACAGGAAUUAACUGAAGGUGAACAAUGGAGGUAUGUGCCUUCCAAACAGAAUCCAGCCGACCUAGUAUCUCGAGGCUGCCCUGCUGCUGAGCUCAAAUCUUCGAAAUAGUUUUCUGGUCCUCGCUUUUUGCAAGAAAACGCUGUGAAAUGGCCAAGGCACACAGGCAAUAUUGAGCUUGAUAUGGAUAUUGUGAACAAAGAGAUACGCAAGAAGACAUUUGCUGUAGUUAAGGAGGUAAAUUACUUGAUCGAUGUCAUUGAUGGCAUAAGCUCGUAUAUCCAUUGUCUGCGUCUCAUCGCCUGGCUCUCGGUUCAGUGAUAAAUGCAGACGAAAUCCUACGACAAACACCAUUUCUCCAUCUCCUGACGAACUACGACGCGCAUCAUAUUGCAUUAUCUUCAAUAUUCAGCAACAACAUUUUUCAAACGAUAUUCAAUUGCUUCGAAAAAACCAAGCUCUAAAAAGUAACUUGAAAUUUCUUACACCAUUCUUGGACAACGUAACCGGUUUUGAACUCAUAAAAGUUGGUGGACGUCUAGAUUAUGCAGAUUUACCCAACUCGCAGAAACAUCCGAUUCUACUACCCAGCGAUUCUCAAUUUGUACUAAAGUACGUUCGACACCUACAUUUACGAAAUUUUCACGAAGGCCCAAAGGCAUUAGUCGCCUUCAUCAGAUUAGAAUUUUGGAUUGUCAACGCUACAGAUGUUGCUCGUCGCAUCGUCCGUUCCUGUGUGCAUUGUGUUCGUUACAAGCCAGUGCUGUUAACAGGUAAUGGGACCACCACCAGUUACACGUAUUACACCUGCACGCCCAUUUGAACGUUGCGGAAUCGACUUUUAUGGGCCAAUAAACACAUAUCUUCGAAUUCGAGGAAAACCACCCACCAAGUCAUAUUUAGCUGUAUUCGUGUGCCUCGUAACUAAAGCUGUGCACAUCGAGGUGGUCUCCGACCUAUCAACAAACGUAUUUCUAAAUGCAUUGAAGCGAAUGAGUGGUCUACGUAAAAUGCCAUGUGAUAUCUUUUGCGACAAUGCUACCAAUUUUGUGGGUGCAUCAAACCAGCUAAAGGACCUCAAACAGUUCUUAUUCAAGACUGAAACGUUAAAUGAAAUCUAUAAACAUUGUUCCUCUGAUUUUAUUAAUUUCCAUUUUAUUCCACCCAGGGCACCUCACUUCGGCGGCCUCUGGGAAGCUGCGGUAAAGAGCGCGAAGGGGUUAUUAAAUCGCACAUUGGCAAACACUAAAUUGACAUUCAAAGAGUUAAACACCGUUGCUGUAGAAGUGGAAGACAUUCUUAACUCACGUCCGCUGUCAUCAAUGUCAUCAGAUCCUAAUGACUUUGGUGCACUGACACCUGGUCAUUUUUUGGUGGGUGAUUCUUUGCGUGGCUUGCCUGAGCGCUCACUGGAGCUGAAGACCGUUUCACACCUUGAUCGCUACAACACAAUCACUGCCAUACAGCAAAGUUUUUGGCGUCGCUGGUCUGUGGACUUUAUAAACGAACUACGAGCCCGUGUAAAGUGGACAACACCUUCACCUGAUCUCACUAACGGUGCUUUAGUGAUCACACAUGAUGACAAUCUGCCACCGCAACGUUGGAGAUUAGGUCGGGUCGAAUCAAACGUGCUUGGGCGAGAUGGCCAUGUUCGAGUGGUGAAUCUCCGAACUGCUAAUGGAACUCUUUGUAGGCCAAUACAUAAAUUAGCCAUUCUUCCGAUUUCUUGAAAGAUAGUUCCUUCAACGGGGGCCGGGAUGUUGGGUCACCCUAAUAACAGUGACCCGUGCUUCGGAUAUACAUAAAUAAUACAUUAUUGUUAUAAAUCUCUUUUUAUCUCAUUGCUUGUCAAUAACUCAAUUUACGUUGCUUACAUUUAUACACACAUGUAUACAUAUACAUAUUGUACUCAUAAUUUUCUUUACUUAUGUUAAUGCUCAAAUCUUCUAAAGUGUAAUUAUGUAUAUACAUAUGAACAACUUAACAAAUAAAUCACUCGCUAAUAAACCGUGAACAAGAGCACACUGA